CUUGAUCUAGUUCAAAUGACUAAUUCAUUUGGGGUAGGCAGCAUGGAAAUGGAGUCCAGAAGGCCAUUCCAUUCCCUUUCUGACUCAAUUCAUUCACUCCUGGGAUUGAAGAAUGACCUCAACGGCAACUGGCUUCAUUCUGUUUGUAACAUAAUCAAAAGCCUUCCGCCGCCGCCGGAUCAACGGCGGCCGUCAGAUGAGGAAGGAGAACACACUGCAACUGCCAUUUCAAAGAUUCAGAAUGAACUUGACAGCUUGACUGCAAAGAUUCAGCUGCUAAAUUUCCAGAGAAGACAGGUUCUCAAUGAGCUUCUGGAUUUGAAAGGAAAUAUUCGUGUGUUUUGUCGGGUGCGACCCAUCGGAGAAGAUAUUAAUGGCAGCCAAAAAAGGGUUGUAAAUUGUGGUUCAAAUCAGGUUCACGUCAAUUUUGCUGAAAAUAACUCUAAAUUUUAUACAUUUGACAAAGUUUUCCAACCCACUUCAUCACAAGGUGAAGUAUUUUCCGAAGUUGAACCAAUUAUCAAGUCCGCUUUAGAUGGUUAUAAUGCGUGUAUAUUUGCUUAUGGACAAACUGGCACUGGGAAGACUUUUACCAUGGAGGGCAGUCAAGACUUGCCAGGAGUUGUACCCCGGGCAAUACAGGCACUAUUUGAGCAAGCAGCAGAGAGUAACCAUACAGUUCUCUUCAAAUUCAGCAUGCUUGAAAUAUACAUGGGUUAUCUCAAAGAUCUUCUCAUCCCUCACAAUUCUAGGGCAACAAAUGACAUACCACCUUGCCUUUCAAUUCAAACACAUCCAAGUGGAGACAUUGAAAUUGAAAGCCUGGUGAGCAUCCAAGUAAAUGACCUUAACCAAGCAAUGAGAUUGUAUUCAUUAGGCUGCCGUUUAAGAUCCACUGCUUCCACAAAUUCAAAUCGAACUUCAAGCAGAUCACACUGCUUGAUACGCAUAUCCAUAUCUUGCUCUGGUGCCACUGCCACUGAGCGGAGAAGGGAGACAAACAAACUGUGGAUGAUUGAUCUUGGGGGAAGUGAACGAGUGCUAAAAACAAAGACAUGGGGAAGAAGAUUCGAAGAAGGAAAGGCAAUUAACCUCUCUCUUUCUGCCCUAGGAGAUGUCAUCCAUGCCCUCCAGACACGUCAGCGUCACAUUCCUUACAGGAAUAGCAAGUUGACACAAGUUCUUAAAGAUUCCCUAGGUGAAGAUUCAAAAACACUAAUGCUUGUCCAUGUCAGUCCUAGAGAAGAAGAUUUGUGUGAGACAAUAUGCUCUUUAAGUUUUGCAACACGAGUGAAAAGCAUUCACCUAGGAAACAAGGAAUCAACUGAAGCAAGAGGUGCAAAAGAAAUUGCAAUGCAUAGUUUGCAGCAGAAGAUGAUGCAAAUUGAAGAUGCACGCAAUGACAUUGGAGGAAAAAUAAAAAAUCUAAAUGAAAAACUAGGAAACCUUUCAGGAAUAUCAUCCUCUUCAAGUGAACUACUUAAUGCCUCUGACACACUCAAUGAUGGGCCACAAUCUGCCAGAGAAAAUGUAAAGACAGCAGUGCCAUCAUCAAACUUACCAAGAUUCAUGAGGCCAACCAUUUGCAGUAGAAAAAAAUCUGGCAAAAAUGCUGUAGAAUAUCAAGCUCCAAGAGUUAAGGCCUCAAUUCCUCCAAGAAGUAGAAAAACAUCAUCUCAUCAUGCUGAGUCUGUAGCAUUUCCAAUACAAGGUGGAUCAGUAUGCACUUCAGAGAGCAGUAUUUCAAGAACUAGCUGCUUUCUUGGUUUGAACAAGAAGUUCAGUGCAGAGAGUGAACCAGAAUACAGCAAAGAUGCAUCUGAUUCAGAGAACAAAACGGUUGUUCUUGCAGAACGAGAAGAGCAAGAAAGAGACUCUAAAAAUCACAAGUUCAAAUACAGCCAUAGGGUUGAAGAUCAGGUGAAUAGAAGAAUAAAUAGCUUACAUACAUGGAACCACUCAAAGGUUGAUAAUUGGCUUCAGCUACAUAAAUAUACACCAAACAAUACAAGUUCCACUCAUCGGAACAAAAAAGUUCUUGCAAUACCCAUUCCAGAGAAGAAAAGCAAGGGUAGAGGCAGAAUUCCAAAAGAAUCAUGUGACGAAGAAGUUCAAGGUCAAAAGUUCAGAAGGCGAAAUAUUAAGCACCUUGAAGUAGCAGGAGUGGUUGAUGCAAAGGUGGAAAUGGAAACUACCUCUGAUGCAAAGGUGGAUGUGGAAACUGUCUCAGAAGCAGAGGGUACUGUAACUUCAGUGGUGUUGACGGACUUCUCAGAUAACGUUGCUGAUUCCACAUCUAGCAAUACAGAUGAGAAACCAACUAAAGAACAAGCCAAGGUGUAUGCUUUCUUAACAGAUCAGUGUACAUACAGCAACUCUACUGCAUCUGCUGAUUUGGAGGGUUCUAAAAUGACUGCAGAAGAAAUUGUAAGUAAAGAAACAUAUUCAGGGUCAUUCACAUUGAAAAGUGGGAAAAGCAACUUCCCAACAUGCAAGAUUCUCACUGAGAAUCCAUAUAUAUUAACUUCAUCAGAAGAAAAACAUCAAUGCCAAGCUGUGCCUACUGAAGCUGUAGAACAUAAUGACAAUGAAAAUGCAAAUGCCCCUGCUCAUUCUCUACGUGACUUGCAAAGUAAUGAUGCUAAUCAAAAGGAUAUGUUUGGUUCUGUAUUACCAAAAAACAGAAAAUAUGCAGGAUUAUGCAACACAUUGAAACAGAAUAUCCAAAUGUUACUUGUAAGUUUUCUUGUACUACUGGGAUUCCAAAGUUUAGGCCUUGGGCAUGACUUCUUCCAAGCUUUGACGCUUUAGUCUGACCAGUUGAUAACACAGUUAGCACCUGGUGAUGGGUUUGGCUUUGCACCUCUACAAGUACCUACUAUCAAAGUUGUUGCGUUAAAGAAUACUAGGAAAUACACUAUUGUGAAUGAAAGAAGUCUGCAUUUGAAUGCCAUGCAAGACCUAGAUUAUGAUGUCAGUAUGGACAAGAGCCUUUCCUAUUCAAAUGAAUGAGAAUUCUUCAAAGACAUGAAAAUGGCUCAAUAUAUCAAGAAUUCAGGCAGGGAGCAUUGCAUGUCUUGUUUAUAGAAGUCAGAAGUUCUCCAAUUUUGUAUAGCAGGCCAACUGAUGUCACUGAAGCAAUGUUGAACUCUCUUUUAUGUUCAAGAGAAUCUGUAUAGCUGUCCUUGGCCCGGAAAAGUAAGUAAGAGUAUCCUUGGGGUAUUUAUGAAUCUGUAAAUUUUUGAGAUUAAUGAGAUUUUACUUUCAAUACCGGCAACUCUUGUGUACAAUGUACAAUAGAAAUAGAAACCGUGUAUAGGAAACUCUUGUACAAUGUAAAAAGGAAGAUAACUAAUGUACCCAUCAUUCACAGCAUAUUUAUAUGAAGUGCAUAAAAAAUUAUUUCUAGCA